AUGACGAAAGAGUCGGCGCCUGGCUCUCGCUACCAAUUGGGUAGGCUCCGGGAGCCCUCCCUGUUGGAGAGUAUACGUCUGUAUCUGGCAUAUCUACACGAUAAGUCAGCAGACGUAUGCAUUGCGGGCAAAACCAGCGCCAGCAUUAGGUUGCGACUCGCAACCGAAGGGCUCCCCGCGCGAAGGGAAGAACUGCUGAACCUAUACAAGCAGUUCUACCUUUCUACGGCCUUCGGAGGCAGACGCGACUCAGACCUAUACGCACUACGCCUCCAGACCCAGACUGAACGACUCUUACUUACAGAGCGCCCGUGA